AUGACUCGUAAGCCGCGCGAAAUACUUCCAAAGGUCGAACGCGAUGCACUAAGAGAACUCAAGGCCGACAAGGACAUCGUCAUCGUGCCCACGAACAAGGGGCGUUCCACCGUCGUACUGAACAAAACAGACUACCUUCAGAAGGCCAAAAACCUACUGGAGAAUCGUCAUUUUUAUGCCCCAUGUGAAACCAACCGCGUAAAAACGUUGACACGCGAAAUUAAUGCGACACUGCUGGCACUGGAGAACUCGGGUGCAAUAAUACCGACCGACCGACGCAUGGCGGGAGCCAAAGAAACGGCCUUGGCCCGAUUCAAUGGUCUCUCCAAGGUGCACAAGGACGGCGCUCGUCUCCGGCCCAUUGUAUCGCUCAAAGGCAUUCCAAUGUACGGACUGGCAAAAUGUCUAUUUCGACGCUUCAAAUUUCUGACCGCUGAUUCGGACACCACCACCUGUUCGUCAACACAAUUCCUAGAGAAGCUUAAAAGAGUAAGUCACUUGCCAAAUAAGGUUAUGGUAUCUUUUGAUGUCACGUCCCUCUUUACUUUUAUCCUCCAGGAUCUGGCAAUCGAGACCGUCGAGCAAAUCCUACGAAGUAAAUACAAUGAAACGGAGAAUCGUCUCGGACAUGCCCAAGACCUUCAGCUCCUAAAAUUCUGUCUCAGGACGUACUUCACGUUUGACGGAACGAUCUACGAGCAAGUGAAAGGAACACCAAUGGGCUCGCCGAUUUCGGAAUUCAACGCCGAGGCGGUCCUACAGCGGUUACGGUCGCUGGUUUUCCAACACCACAGACCGAAAUUCUGGGCUCGGUAUGGGGACGAUACCUUCGUCUUCAUCGAACGGGAUAAGGUGCUACCGUUCAAAGAACGUCUCAACAACGUCUUCCCGGUCAUUCAAUUUACGAUGGAGGAGGAAGAAAGUAACCAGCUGGCAUUCCUUGAUGUCCUCGUCUGUCGCAAAGAUUGUAGUGGCCUAAAGACCAAAGUGUUCAGAAAAGUGACGCACACGAUGCAACUACCGAACUUCAACAGUAGCCACCCAAUCAGCCACAAACGCAGUUGCGUAAGAACGCUAUAUCGGCUUUUUGAGACGCACUGCAGUGAACCGGAAGACAAGGUUGCCGAAUCCCAACAUCUUCGACGGGUUUUCAGAGAAAAUGGUCACCCACGCAACUUCGUCAAGCGAUACGUGCGCAAACGAGACGAGCGACAAAAUCGUGAGGAGCCCAAAUUCUGGCGAGCGAUCCCGUACAUCAAGAACGUCUCCGAGGCCGUUAGUCGCCUUCUUGCGCCACUUGGGGUUGGAGUUGCACACAGACCGGAGGCCACCAUGAAGCGUCAUGUGAUUAGACCAAACGACCCACUGCAACAGCAAAAAAAACAUCUGGAGUCGUUUAUUGGAUCUGGUGAAGUUGCGGACAAAGCAACUACGUCGGAGAAUCUGGAAGACUGCUCCGGACGCGAACUGCCGAACACGCGACAGCAGUACGGAUAA